GGUGCAGAAGAAAAAAAAUAAAAACCGGAAACCUAAGUUUAAUGGCCCAUUAGAACUUCAGAAGGCUCUUCAACCCUAACGGCCUACCCAAGAAAGUUCAUUCAUUUCUCUCCAUCCGUUUUCGAAUCUCCAUCGAUCUCCCCUCUAUGGACGGAUCCAACCUGCGGUCAUUUAAUUUCUUCGAUUCUUCUCCAAUUGGUGCUAGUUCCAGAAUGUUGAGGAGGGCAUCAAAGGCAAUUUCUGGUACUGUCUAUUUUAAUAGUUUCAUCUUAUUUUAGGCCAAAGUUUCAAUGAAGGGUGUCAUAAUCUUCUUCUUUUCUAAUCUUUGAGUUAAUUUUCUCUGCAAUUUCUGGUUCCUUAUGUUGAAAUUUUUCAAGAGCUUCAAUCUUUUAUUCAUAGAGUAUUCUUGUGUACUUAUAUUUUGAUACUCAUGCAUUGUUUGUGUACUUAUAUGUGUCUCAAUUUUUUAAUUUUUAGAUAGACAUUAGUUGAACUUGUGUUGUUGCUCUGUUCAAACUUGCUUUCAAAUGUUUUAUUUUUAUUUGAAUUGUUGAUGGGUUGACAUUAGCAUAUAUGGGAGGGCUACUUCUAUUAUAAACACACUAAAAAGAAACAUGAUUUGUUGCUUGUUGUGACUACUGGUUCAUUCCAUGUUCUUUACGAUUUGGCACCUUUGGUUUACCAGGUUUUUGGCAUGUUUUUAUCCAAUUUUUGGCAUGCUGGUCGGAUUUUAGGUGUUUUUGUAACCUUGAGUUUGAUUUUUUAUUCAAAAAAUAUAUAGGUGUUCCCCUAAAAAUGUUUUGGUUUGCAAUUUGUGGUUUGUUGUGAGUCAGUGAGUGUUUGAUGGAUGUUUGAGUGGUCCCGGUGGCAUCGGUGACUUUGGUGAAGUGGUAAUUGAACAUGGGCAUGGCUUAGCACCAAGACUUCACAUUGUGGCAGCGGCAAAAUUGAGCAGGGCUUGGCUACUACAUUUCUUGUUGCCUCUAUAACACCACAGUGUUGGGAAGCCACUGAUUUUGGGCUCCAACAUCUCACGUUGCUGCUGUUACUACAUGGAGGAUGGAUUUUCUUGCUGCCCAGGUUCCUUUGGCAUUUGGUACUGGUUUGUAGCUCUGUUAACAAGUUGGAACUACUGAUUUGGUUGAUGUUACAUUGAGCAGGGCUUGGCUACUACAUCUCACGUUGCUGCUGAUUUGCUCCCCUUAGAUUGAUGUACGCUGAUUUGGUUUGCUUUAAUUAGGUUUUUAUUCAUUUAUAUUCCGAGGGGCUUUGGUUUGGUCCUCCCCUCUUGUACUUUCCGUUUGUUUUAUAAUAAAAAAUUUCUUUAAAAACUAAUGACUAUCCUGCUACUUCUUCCCUCGGAGGGAAACCCUAGCUUUCCACCUCAAUCAAGCUCCCCAGACCCCAUUGGCUACCGGAUCUCAGAUUUUCCGUUGUAUAAUUUGAGUUUUUUUUUCCAGCUUAGGUUAUAUCUGUAGUAUAUGUGGAUCGGAUUUAGUUUCGUAGUUUUUCAUUAUUGUAAUUCUCAUUCGUCGUAGAAUAAUGAAUGAGAUACAUGUUUUUUUCCACUUAUUUUUGUGUUGCUGUUAAUUUCAUGCGUGAAUCCCUUGUACUGCAACGUUGUAACUGAUGUAUCAUAGAGAGGAUUAAGGGGUUUCUUUUGGCGCUGAGAAUCAUCCAUGGAGAUGCAAAAUUCUCGGAGGCCAUUUGACAGAUCGAGAGUGGAGCCAGGGCCGAAGAAGCCAAGGUUAACUGAAGAUCCAUCCGCGGAUCGUAUAUCGAAUGGAGGAAGUUUGAUACAGACACGCUUGGCGGCCGCCAGCCAGGCAGUUGCAAGAUUCAGAGCUAGCGAAAGGGGAGGAGAUUCGGAGAACAGUGAUUCGGGUCGUGGAUCAUAUCCACAACCACAGCAGCAACACAAUCAUCAGGAACUGGUUAGUCAGUAUAAGACUGCUCUGGCCGAGCUGACUAUCAAUUCGAAGCCAAUAAUUACCAAUUUGACUAUCAUUGCUGGAGAGAGUAUGACAGCUGCAAAGGCUAUUGCAGCCACGAUCUGUACCAAUAUUCUUGAGGUUCCCAGUGAUCAAAAGCUGCCAUCUCUCUAUCUUUUGGACAGUAUUGUGAAGAAUAUUGGGAGGGAUUAUAUUAAGUAUUUUGCUAUCAGACUACCUGAGGUUUUCUGCAAGGUGUAUAGACAGGUGGAUCCAUCAAUACAUUCUAGCAUGCGGCAUCUUUUUGGAACUUGGAAGGGCGUCUUCCCUCCACUAACUCUUCAAUCAAUAGAGAAGGAGCUUGGAUUUACAGCAGUCAAUGGUUCAGCUUCAGGAACAACUAGAAAUGAUUCACAGACUCCUCGACCUGCACGUAGUAUUCAUGUGAACCCCAAGUAUUUGGAGGCUCGGCAGAGCCUACAGCAGCCAACUAGGGCAAAAGGAACUACUGCUGGCAUUAGUGCAACUUUUGUAAGCUCACCUGAUGAUGUGGAGAGAUUGGAGAGGACAGCCAGUGUUAGUUCUGGUCCUGGAAAAUCUUGGGGGGAUCCUUCUAUUAAGAAUAUUCAGAAUGUUCAGAUAAGUCAUUUGAAUGAACCUGUCCUUGAGAAAACGUUAAAUGUGGAGAGAACUGCAAAUAUGGCAUAUUCAGACCCUGCAUAUGGUUCUGAGAUAUCAAGGCGGCCUGCUUUACAUUCAGAAAGAAAUAGUGAAAAAUAUAAGAAGCAAGGUUUUGAUAAACCAUGGUAUGAUUCUGAGAGCAGUGCCACAGGUAUAAUAUCCGGUGAAAGGAAUGGUUAUGAUCUCAAGCAUGGCCUUCAAAACUAUCAGACCCGCAAAUCUUCCAGUGCUGAAGCAUAUAUGCACACUGCACAAGAUUCUACCAAUAGAAUUGGUCCUGGAUUGAAUGGGAGUUGGAAGAAUUCUGAUGAAGAAGAAUAUCCGUGGGAUGAUAUCCAUUCAAGAUUGCCCAACCAUGCUAUAGCCAAAAACUCACUAAAAGACCACUGGGCAACUGAUGAAUUUGAAAGAAUGGAGUUGCAAGCCCAGCCAAGAAGAGUGCAAAGCAAAAGGGAUGCUGGUGGAUCAGGUUUCAAUCAUGAUGCUUCUAUUUCUUCAGUAGCAAUCAAACGCCAAUCAACUUUAGGAGGGGAGGGGUCACCACUGUGGCCAAGAGAACCACACGUUUUAGAUGGUGUUACUGUUCCAGUACUUCCCGCUAGAGACCUUUUGAGGCAGUCUGCUGAAGGCUAUGGUACUUCUUUUAAUCGGUUGUCAAAUUCCCAAACAAAAUUUGGACUGUCCUCAAAUGCUCUUCCUUUGGAAAAGGAGUCUCGUGCUGCUGCAUCUCCCUCUGCACACUCACCUAUGCACCAGCUUUCACCAUCACCAUCUAAUGAUCAAGUAUCAUUCAACAUGGCAGAGCAAGACAAUGCAGACACUAGCACUUCUCAAUUUUCAAGGAGGUCAAGUUUAGAUCCCCGUCAGAGGUUUUAUCAGGAUACUCUUUCUAGCAGUACUGAUUUUGGCAGUAAUUCACAGAGAAAAAUGUCCCCAGGUUUAUCAUAUUCUUCUCCAAUGAUGAUAUCUUCUCAAGGAAGGGACCAUUCUCCAUUCUCUAAGCAUUUAGAUCCAAAACCUAAGGUGGCUGAAUAUCUGGACCAAGGCAGGAGACAGCCGAUUUCUCAAAUUUCAGGUGCAACUGAACUAUCAUCACUUCCUGGGGGUUCUGCACCUGGCCACUCAAAUAUUCCUUGUGCUGAACCCCCCUUGCAAGCAACUACUAGCAGCUUGUUAGCUGCUGUCAUGAGCAGUGGCAUAUUGGGUACUAAUCCUGUGACAAUUGACAACUCGGCCAGAUCAAACUCCGAGGAUGCAGGGUCUUUGUCAUCUCAAUCAGAUUCUCAUCCCAUUCCAUCAACUAUGAAGAGCAAACUUGCUGCUGUUAUAAGCCGGCCUUCAGAGGGAAAUGCAUCAGUUCUCAGUACACGUUCCAAGGGAGGACACAUGGAAAGACCACCUUUGCCACCUAGCCGAAUUUCUUCUCUCCUGGCUAGUGAAAAUUUGGCUGGUGCUGGCUCUAGUCCAGUGUCAAGCCUUUUGAGUACAUUAGUAGAGAAGGGACUGAUAACUUCAUCGAAAGAACAGUCCCCAGUUCCUAUUGAUUCACGUGUAGAUCCUCAAAUUCCAAGCCAGAGUCCAACUGUAAAUACUAGUUCGGAAACUGCUUCAGCAUCUCCUGUCUGUAAAGAAAAUCCGUCAUUGUCAACGGAGUGCGACCAGUUUUUUGCAAAACCUGUUGUUAAAACUUCUGAUAGCUUACGGCAGCCCAUUUCAAGAGAUCAGAAUGGUUUGAUCGGUGUUGUUUUUAAGCCAGAUGUUAUUCGUCAACCACAUCCGGCAGUGAUCAAUGAACUUUUAGAUGAUCUUCCUCAUCGGUGCCAUACAUGUGGUCAUAAACUUAAGCUCAAGGAACAACUCGACAAACAUUUGAUUUGGCACGAAUCCAGAAUUUCAGAUGUGGAAAUGUUGAGUAAGGCUUCAAGGAAGUGGUAUGUAAAUUCAACAGAAUGGGAUUUCGGAAAUGCUACUAGUUUCAACGAAUAUCCCGACGGGAGUCCGGAAUGUACCGAGGAGAUGGUACCCGCUGAUGAGAGCCAGUGUUUAUGUAUCUUAUGUGGUCAGCUUUUCGAGGAUGUUUUCAGUGUUGAAAUCGAUCAGUGGAUGUUCAAAGGCGCUGUUUAUUUGAGUAGUCAGUAUUUUGCUGACAAGACACCUAGAACUGACAUGGGUCCUGCUCUGGGUCCUAUUGUCCACAUAAACUGCAUUACUGAGACUUCUCUUCAUGAUUUGGGGCUGGUAAAGGAUGAUAUUAAACAGGAAGAUUAAUGCCUGAGAGUGCUGUAAACUCUGGAGAUCGGACACUGCAUAUAUUUUGAGGUUUAGAUGUGUUCAUACAGGGCAAAUCCAUGGCUCGUUAGGCAAUUACCGGAUUUUAUUCGAGUCUAGAAGAGGUUGCAUAUCAUCGAAAGCUACACAUCGACCCGCAGAGGAGCCUCAGGUGGAGCCCAUCUCCCAGAAGAGAAUUUUGUCCACUAAAGAAAGGUCUCGUAGUAUUAUAAUUUGCCCGUUAGGCAUCGUUCGUGAGCUUUAAAUAUGGCCAGUGAUUAUUUCUUGUGAAACAUCUUAUUUUUCACAUUAUCUCUGCGUUGGAACACACAGAAAAAACAAGGGGGAAAUGCUUGGUCACUGCAUCCAGUUGUUGUAUACGAGUAAAUCAAAAAGGGAAAAAAAUGAACAGAUAUUGAGAGAGAUGGCUUUGUCUUGAUUUUGUCAUUUGUUCUUUUUUCAGACGAAAUUGGUACCGCAAUGUGCCUCUAGCUUCUAGAAUAGCAAAUCAGCAAUCUUUUGAACUUGAACCGAUGUACGGAGUAUUUAUUGGAGUAAAUUUUACUCCUUUCACUCAAAACAAAGUUUUUCCUUCACCAUUUACAAGUGGUUCACACUGACACAAAGUGUUGGUGCGUUAACAAAAAUUUACACUGACACAAAGUGUUGAUACGUUAACAAAAAUUAGCAUUACAUUAAUACAAAAUGUGGAUGCAUCUCUGCAUUUUAGAAAAUGAGGUACAAAUUAUUGGGAUACAAAUAGGUUAAUCCAAUCCAAUUACUCAAAGUAUUGGUCUUGAGGAGGAGGAAAAGUCAAAAGUCCCAAUCCUCCUAUAUACAAUGCUAGGUGAAUUUCUCCGUGAAUAGUGUUCCCGCCUAAACAAGGUGGACCUUGCUGCGGUUUUGGGCAUGCAUUGGUAUACGGAAAUGGCCUGCUUUGGUGUCUAUUCGAAUCUCCUUUUUUGCUUUAUGUCCACUCAUUACCAUCUUCUAUAAAGUUACAUUGAUAACAUAAAUUUGGUGGCUCCAA